CUAGCACCUGCAUAGCCAGCCUCCUCCUUUUGAGAGAACCAUUUUGAAUUCAAUCAAAUUGGUGACUGUGUCCAAACUGAACGAGGUCAGCAAUACCUUGAGAACCAGCGCCAGCCCACAUACUGAAGACCUACUGAUUUAUCAAACUUUAAUCUAGAGCAAUUACAAUUAUUGUAAUUCAUAGAUUGAGUAGAAAACACAUGUAACCUGUAGUCUCAUUCAUUGUAUGUGAGGAUCACAAUUUGGGUUAUUGAGGUGGUCUAGUUGAAACUCCUUAUUGUUUAUAUGGCUCCACUUUGUUAAUUGUAGCCAUAUUCUCAUCAUGGGAUGCAGAUGGCACGUGACCAGAAUGCUCCGUACGGUGAAGGAAAGAUAGUAGUGAAGUCUCUCAGCAAGUUACCGUACUGCAAGGGGUUCAUCACCGAAGUACGUCAAGUUGCCAUGAGCAGUGAGCUGAAUGUGCCCAAGGGCUCCCCAGCCCCGGGGGGCUUUGAGCGGAUGCCCGAGGGUGGAGGGAUGGACUACAGGGACUGGGUGCGCCGCAGCUACCUGGAGCUGGUCACCUCCAACCACCACUCUGUGCAGGCGCUGUCUUGGAGGAAGCUCUACUUGAGCCGGGCCAAACUGAAAGCCUCCAGCCGCACCUCUGCCCUGCUCUCUGGCUUCGCUAUGGUGGCAAUGGUGGAGGUCCAGUUGGAGAUCCAGUACAACUACCCGCGAAUGCUCCUCAUUGCCUUUAGCGUGUGUACUACGGUGCUGGUGGCCGUGCACCUGCUCGCCCUGCUCAUCAGCACCUGCAUCCUACCCAACGUGGAGGCAGUCAGCAAUAUCCACAACCUCAACUCAGUCAGCGAGUCACCCCACGAGCGCAUGCACCACUACAUUGAGCUGGCCUGGGGCUUCUCCACUGCCCUGGGCAUCCUGCUUUUCCUUGCAGAGGUAGUGCUGCUCUGCUGGAUCAAGUUCCUGCCCGUGGACUCUAGUUCCGCCAACCAGGUGGCGGUGGCUGCCGCAGAGCUGGCACUAUCCAAGCUGAACUGUAGCAGCCCUGCCCUGCCACCCAAGCCCACCCCUCCGCCAGGGCACAGUGGCUGGCAGGCAGCCCUGGCCUCCACCAUCAUCAUGGUGCCGGUGGGGGUUAUCUUUGUGGUAUUCACCAUCCACUUCUACCGCUCGCUGGUGAGCCACAAGACAGAGCGCCACCACCAGGAGAUCGAGGAACUGCACAAAAUUAAGGUGCUGCUGGAUGGGUGCGAGAGAGGCUUACAGGCAGUGUGAUCUCUUUAGCUCUUCUCUCUGUGCUCUUCCUGUCCACUGUCAAUGCCUUCUCACAUUGUUGAGAAGCACCAAAAUUCCACUGAAUAAGUGGUAGGAUUAAGGAUUUCCUUAUCCCCUAUUUAUCAAGCACCCUUUCCUAUUCAGCCUCUAGCCUGUUCAUUGUUAAUGUCUUCCUUAAAGUUUUUUUGGCAGAGAGCCCCAAAACUCCACUUAAUAUGUGGGAAGUUUAAGGAAUUCUCAGCUCUACUAAAUUAUGGAGGUCAAAGUUCAUAGUAUGUUUGUUUGAUUUGGAAAAUAGUAUCUUGUCUCUGUGAGAGAUGUAGGAUCUGAUGUAUUGAUUCUAUUUUUAAAGAUUAUUUUAAGGGC